AUGGCGUCUGCUCUUCUAACUGGCAGUGUUAAUUUUCCUUUUGAUGAAGUUGAUGGUGUCAACGUGCAUGAUAUUGAUGUGUCUAAAAAAGAUUUAAAAAAAAUCAUGCAUGGAGAGAGAGAUGGUUUGAGAUUGCUUCAAGAAGAGUUUCGUGGUAUAAACGAACUUGUACAUCGCUUGAAGAGCUCAGUUACUCUAGGUAUAAAUGGAGGCAAGAAAGAAAUUAAGGAUCGAAAGACAAAAUUUGGUUCAAAUUACAUUCCUCUAAUGCUUCCAAAAAUCUUUUUGCAAUUCUUGUUUGAGGCAUUCAAGGAUACUUUACUUAUAAUUCUCAUGGUGGCUGGUUUGGUAUCAUUGAUUAUUGGUGUCACUGUUGAGGAAGGAAAAAGUACUGCUUGGAUAGAAGGUUUUGCAAUAUUUGUUUCUGUUAUCAUUGUUGCUCUUGUGACUGCUAUCAAUGACUACACUAAAGAACAACCAUUCCGUGGUUUCCAAAGCAAGAUUGAAGGUGAACACACAUUCACUGUGAUCAGAGGUGGAAAGCCAAUGUCAAUAUUUAAUGGUGAUAUUGUUGUUGGUGACAUUUAUCAGUUGAAAGAUGGAGACAUGAUUCCUGCAGAUGGACUUCUUGUUCAAAACAAUGAUCUAAAGAUUGAUGAGACUGUUUUGAUUGGGUGGUUUGGUCUUGUUGCUGGUAUACUGACUGUUGUUGUUAUUUGGAUACGAUUUUCUAUUGAAACUUAUCAUGUGGAUAAGAAAUCUUUCAAAAACAGCCACAUCUCUGACUAUCUCAGAGCAUUUAUCACUGGUGUAACAGUUCUUGUUGUUGCUGUUCCUGAAGGACUUCCCCUUGCUGGGACCAUUUCUUUUGCAUUCUCUGUCAAGAAAAUGUUGAAUGACCAUAUAGUUGCAUGUGAGACAAUUGGUAAUGCAACUACAAUUUGCUCAGAAAAAAGAGGAACUUUAAUCACAAAUCGAAUGACUGUUGUCCAAAGUUACUUGGGUCAACAACUAUAUUUCGUUUUGGAUUCUGGCUUUGAACACGAUCAAAUUCCUGAAAGUUUGAGACGAAUCUUGGCAGAAGGAAUUUCUUAUAACAGCAGUUAUGCUUCAAAACUUGAGCCUGGUGGAAAAAAAGGAGAAUUGGACAAUCAAAUAGGCAACAAAACUGAUUGUGCAUUACUUGGCUUCGUUGAUGGACCACUUAAAGAUCAUUAUAACUAUUAUCGUGGAAAUAUGCCUGAGGAAGAGUUCAUCAAAGUUUUUACCUUUAAUUCUUCAAGAAAAUCAAUGUCAACUGUGGUACCAAUCUUUGAUGAUCAAAAAGAGGUGACAGGUUACAGAAUUCACUGCAAAGGUGCCUCUAAAAUAGUGUUGUCCAAGUGCACAUCCAUUAUUGGACCCGAUGGCACAACAAAUCCCUUGAGUAGUAAAGAAAUAGAUAAUAUAGUGAAAAAUGUGGUUGAACCAAUGGCUGAUAAUGGUUUGAGAACGAUAUGCUUAGCGUAUAAAGAUUUUCCAAAGGAUACUGGUCAAGAUUGGGAUGAUGAAUCAUCUGUUGUCAGUGAAUUGAUUUGCCUCGGAAUCGUUGGCUUUGAAGAUUCGGAGAUUGUUGCCGUAAAAAGAUGUCAACGUGCGGGCGCUACUGUACGAAUUGUGACUGCUGACGAAGUGGAACGUGCUAAAUCUAUUGCUAGGAAAUGGGAUAUUUUGAAAAGUGAAGACCAUCAUAAUUUGUUGGUGCUAGAUGGAAAAGAGUUUAACAAAAAGAUUCGCGAUGAAAAUACGGGGGAGGUUAUUCAAUCUAAAAUUGACGAAAUUUGGCCCAAACUACGUGUAUUGGCUCGUUCAUCACCUGAAGAUAAAUACAAUCUAGUUAAAGGAAUUAUUGACAGUAAACUCAGUAAAACUUGCGAAAUUGUAGCAGUCACUGGAGAUGGUACAAAUGAUGCUCCAGCCUUGAAAAUGGCAGACGUAGGAUUUGUAAUGGGCAUAGCUGGAACUGAUGUUGCAAAAGAGGCUUCGGACAUCAUCUUGACUGAUGAUAAUUUCACCAGUAUCGUUAAAGCUGUGAAAUGGGGACGCAACGUCUAUGAUAAUAUUUCAAAAUUUCUACAGUUUCAGCUUACAGUUAACUUCGUUGCUGUAUUUAUUUGUGUUUAUGGUGCACUUGUACAUUAUGAAAGUCCACUUAGUGCAACACAACUGUUAUGGGUAAAUCUUAUAAUGGAUUCGUUUGCAUCGUUAGCCUUAGCGACUGAACCUCCAACUGACGAUCUACUUACCCGUAAACCAUACGGUGAACCACAAACUGACGAUCUACUUACCCGUAAACCAUACGGUCGUACAAAACCCCUUAUUUCGCAAACAAUGACGAAGAAUAUCUUGCUGCAUAGUCUUUAUCAGAUCAUCGUUCUUCUUGUCUUGAUGGAAGCUGGUCCUACCUUGUUUGACAUUGAUUCUGGUUUUAAAAAUCACGGCAAACCCACUGUUCAUUUCACCAUAAUGUUUAAUACAUUUGUUUUUAUGCAACUUUUCAACGAAAUCAACUCAAGAAAAGUUCACGGUCAGCGUAAUGUCUUCGAGGGAAUUCUUAAUAACUGGAUCUUCCUUGUCAUUUGGUUUGGAACUGUUUUUGUCCAGGUCCAUAUUUGA